AUGUCUCAGCGGCGGGUGCUGGCGGUCAACCACGUCGUCGAGCUCCUUGUCCUUCGGGCAAGCGGCGCGUCGCGCGAGGCGCUGCAGCGGGUGAUGCCGGAGCGGAGGGGCGCCGUGGUCGCCGCUGAGGACGUCUCGCACGCCGGCCGCGACGAGGAGGCGAGACGCGCAGGCUUCGAUUGGGCCGUCAAGAUCGGCAGCUUCAUCGCGUAG